AUGCGAUUCUCACGCAUAGCUACGUGUCAAACAAGAUUGAGAGGUCCAUGUGAAGACAACGAGAACUUUUUGAGCCACUGGAUCCACAUGUCUAUCGCAAAAGCCAUUCUUGACACCAAAUUCAUUCAUCGAAGCAGCGUCAAGAAGAAGGACGUGACUUAUCUUGACUUUUCAAAGGAAACCACACAUGCUUGGGUUACGUUGGAUUUCGGCAGACAGACAGAUGCAAUACCUCUACCGUCAUUUGCUAGCUAUGGAUUCAUAACCAUGUGGACUGAAACUAUAUUCACUGCCGGGAACUAUGUUCACCUGAAUGCGGCGCGUACACUGCUGGUUCCGUUCUCUCUGCCUGACGCAUGCCAUCUGUCCUGCCCCAAUUGUAAACUGUUCUGCGGGGAAAGAAACCUGGCGUCUGCUCCACUCAUAUUGAAUUAUAGCAUUGCUCUAGACAUAAGGAAAGUCCUAUUCGUUAUUGUUAUAAUCACGUUUUUACAGUGUGAAGUUAAACGAGGCGAUCCGAGAGAGGAAUCGUUGCUGCUCUCAGGCUACAGAAUCUUGUCUGUUCUACCCCGAUGGGUUGAGUUCGCCAAUGCUGGAUACGUUGGUAUUUCCAAUGCAUUUCCAGUGACAUUCGAAAUGGACAUAGCUUCCCUAGCAGCCGGAGUGACAGUGUUCUCGAUCAUCCUAGCUAAUCCAACCAUGAUCGAUCAAAUAGUUGAGACGUUGAUCGUAGUGGCCAAAUGCUUAGUCUUAACCUUUGUGGCUAGUAUAAAAGCACUUCUACCCAUGGGUGUUCUACCAAGAAAGAGCGUCAAAGGUGAGACAGUCCUCAUCACAGGCUCUGGAAGCGGACUUGGACGGGGCAUGGCUAUCGAGUUCGCUAAGCUCGGUUCGAAGAUUAUUUUGUGGGAUAUCAAUGAGAAGGGGAACCUAGAGACUAAGAAAAUACUCGAUGAUCUGAAGGCAGUGUAG